CGCUCUCUCUCUCUCCAAUUGUGAGCCGUCCAACGGCUACUUUUUCUUCCUGUUCCGCCUAAGCAGAUUCUCGUCUUUUAUUGCCAAUUUCAUCUUCCACUUUCUCUUCAUUGCUUUCCUCAAGCCAAGAAUCUCUUCCUCUUCUCUUUCUAUUAGAAUUCUGCUUCCUUUCCUACUCAGAGAUUCCCUCCUCUUUCUUGCUUUCUUUUCUUUCCCAAAACUAGCUUUUAACGAUGCCAUUGUGUUUCUUCUCCAUCGUCCCUGUUCUAUUCCUUUUUAUGCUCCACGCCUGUUUCCUCCUCCUCUCUCUCUUUCUCUCUCUCCGUCCUUUUCAUCUUGGGCUCUCCUUUUCUCCUCCCCGAGCUUCAGCCGAACCUAUACAUACUCUUCCCCGCCUAUGUCUUCUUCUUCAGGCGUUAACCACACCGUUCAGCCCUGUAUUUAUGGUACGACCAUCUUCCUUCAGAUCAAUUUCACUUUAAUUCCAAGUUAUGUUGUCUUGUCAUCUAACUGUUUGAUAAAAUGCUUCAGGAACUUUGUUUCUUCAUACACAGAGAGGAAGUCUCGAUUUAUGAAAUGGUUCGGAAAGCUUUUUAAGAGCGGGGCAGACCGUGGAGUUUCAGGUAGGCAACGUCCACAAUAUAUUGGGGAGGAAAACAUGGUUUGGCGGGCUCCAGCAAGAUCCUUGGAUGAUCGCUCUAGAGCUGCUAGGGAUAGAGAGGAAUUGGACCGUGCAAUAGCACUUUCUUUGGGCGAAGAUUUGAAGAGACCACCAGGAUACCAAUGGCAAACAGAUUAUGAUGAAGAUCUAAGGGCACUUCAAGAUAGCAUCGGUUCUUCUUCAUAUCCUCCUCCUUCCUAUGCCCCAACGGGCUAUUAUCCCAGGGGAUAUAGAGUAUGUGCUGGAUGCAAAUGUAACAUUGGAUAUGGAAACUAUUUGGGAUGCAUGGGAACUUUUUACCAUCCACAAUGCUUUCGUUGUCAUUUAUGUGGUUUCCCUAUCACAGAGCAUGAGUUUUCUCUGUCAGGGAAGGAUGCGUACCAUAAGUCCUGCUUCAAAGAGAUGACCCAUCCCAAAUGUGAAGUUUGUCACCAGUUUAUUCCAACAAAUGGAGCUGGUUUAAUAGAGUAUAGAUGCCACCCGUUUUGGUCCCAGAAAUAUUGCCCUUCACAUGAGUAUGAUAACACAGCCCGAUGCUGUAGUUGUGAACGCUUGGAGUCUUGGAAUGCAAGAUACAUAUCUCUGGGGGAUGGACGGAGUCUGUGUUUAGAAUGCAUGGAAUCUGCCAUCAUGGAUACUGGUGACUGCCAACCGCUUUACCAUGCCAUUAGGGACUACUAUGAAGGAAUGAACAUGAAACUUGACCAGCAAAUUCCAAUGCUUCUGGUUGAAAGACAAGCCCUUAAUGAAGCUAUUGUAGGCGAGAAAAAUGGCUUUCAUCACAUGCCGGAAACAAGGGGGUUAUGCUUGUCUGAGGAGCAGACAGUUACCAGUAUACUUAGAAGGCCAAAAGUGGGGGGCUACCGACUUGUAGGAAUGAGAACACAACCCCAAAAGCUUACUCGAAGAUGUGAAGUCACAGCCAUUCUUGUUCUUUAUGGACUUCCAAGAUUGCUAACAGGUGCAAUUCUGGCUCACGAGCUAAUGCAUGGAUGGUUGCGCCUUAAAGGGUACCGUAAUCUCAAUCCUGAGGUAGAAGAGGGUAUUUGUCAAGUUCUUUCGUACAUGUGGCUCGAGACAGAGGUAAUGCCUGGACUCAAACAUAUGCCAUCCACAUCGUCAUCUUCCUCGUCCUCGUCCUCGUCCUCACACAAGAAAGGCAGAAAGUCUGAAGUAGAGAACAAGCUGGGAGAGUUUUUCAUGCACCAGAUUGCCAAUGAUGCCUCCCCUGCCUAUGGUGGGGGAUUUAGAGCUGCUAAUGCAGCUGUGAUUAAGUAUGGUUUGCGCGCUACCCUGGAACAUAUUCACCUGACAGGAAGUUUUCCUGUAUAAUUAUUCUACUACUUGUGGGCUCAUCUCUGUUGGAAUUUCUUUAGCUUUGUUUGUGCCUGGAAUUACUAAGCCUAAUUAAGCAGCAGCUUCUCAAAGGGAUUGAGUUAAUCAUGGAAGCUUGUAUUGGCUCCCCCUAAUUUUUUUGGGGUCCUUUUGAGAAUACAUGGAAAAGAAUGACUUGAAACACAAUAAUGAUAAUUAAGCAUAUCUUCAUUCCACAA